CUCGUGUCUAUUAAGUUAUAGGAGUGUUUAUUUUUGAAGACAUUUAAAUUUUGUUCGCAGGUAGCCUGUACAAAGCGAGACGCUAAAUCAAGAUGGUGAACCACGGCAACGAUGUCUGCUCCUGCUUGUCCUGCCUCAUUACCGUCUUCCAUUGCUUAAUUUUGAGCCCCAAGAUGUGUGCAAACGGUAAGAUUUGCAACUGCAUUCCCGUUGAAAAGGGCUGCCUCGCCAUCGCCAUUAUAAGCGCGAUUGGUACUGGGCUGGUGCUUCUGGCGACCAUCCUUUUCGGCAUCAUGGCGGCUGCAGGCCUCGUCAUGAUGUCGAAUACUCCUGACGAUGAUCCGGACUCCCGUGAGUUCACUCACAUGUUCGUGGGUCUGGCCGGGCUGGCCGUCAGCGUGGUAGUGGUUAUUGUGGGGAUGGCCGCUCUUAUCGCUUUCACCUUCUCCGUGCUGCUGUGCAAUGGGAUUUGUAAGCGUCGCCCAGGACAAGUGAAGGCCUAUUUAGUGUAUGGCAUAGUGAUCGCAACGCUCACAGUCAUUGCUGCGUUCGCCGAGUUGUUCAACGGAGGGAUCCCUGCUUACGGCAUCGGUGCGCUGAUUGGGACUGUAAUCUACAUUGGUUUCCUGGGGUUGGUUAACGAGACCUACCACAAGCUGCGGCAGGCACCUGUAGUGUUCGCGAACCAUAUCCGCCUGGUGGAAGACUAUUAGCGUAACUAACAUAACAGGGUACUGGGGGGUUACCAUGACGUAUUAAAGACGUUCAGUUUAGGUUGAGAAAAAGGGACACAGCUAUAGGAGUUACAUAGCUCCGUCCCUCUCUCUCAACCUAAACUGAGCGGCUUUAGCACGUCAUGAUAACCCCCCUGAUGUGCCGACGGAAAGUUUUCAAAAUUCGGAAGUUUCACAAAACUUCGGAAACUUUCCAUACUUUGUAUGGACGGAUGGAAACUUUCCAUUUCAUAAAUUUAAAUUCCCCUUAUUUUUCGUGAAAGUUUCGUGAAUUUUUCAAGUUUAAGAUUUUUUUGGAAAGUUUCCGCAACUUGCACAUCACUACAACAGGGUCGUACACAAGCCAAAUAGAACUUCCAACUUCCUCAUUUUACCUUCCUCUCUUAGCCUUUUGACAGCCACAGACGCUUUACCAGAGACGCUGAUAUUGGUUAUAGUAGUGCGAAUAGAAUUUUCUUCGUAUUCUCACGGAAACGUAUGAACGUGUCCUGCUACUUCAGUCAGUCUCAGUACUGUCAGUAUAAGAUGUAUUGAAACUGUCUGCACUAGCAUGACAAAUACGAACGUUUCCAUAAAUAACCUAACCACAAAAUUUCAUUUUUGAAAAAAUCCCAUCAACAUAAAGGACCCAUUUUUAUGAAACAUGGCU